AUGACUCUGUCCAAAGCCAUCACUAUCGGUCUCGCUACCCUCCUCGCUGUUCCGGUGGUUACCGCUGGCAGUUUCGACUCUUGCACUGCUGUGUCCUACAACACCUUCAACAGCACCAGCGUGCAGGACAAGUAUCCUCAGUUUGGCCCAAAAGGCCUGUACUCUUCCUCCACCACUGGACAAUGCAUUUACGUCGACGCAACUGCAAAUGGGGAUUUUGCCACUACCAACCCAGCUGAUUAUCACGGCUUUAUUGCCAACACACAUGCACUUCUGAGCAAGAUACCUGAGGCUGCAGCUGGCCUUGAGUACCUUUCUGCUGCGCCUGUGCAGGAACGCGCAGCUAUCACACCGCGCAGCGCCAAGAUGAUGGCUUGUCAGGAUACUGUGGGUUGCGGCGCUGUUUGCAGCUCCUCACAGAUAAACAGGCCCCUAUAA